CUUUUUGUCUCCAUCCUGAUUUGUUUCUGCUUUUUGCUUUUAUGUCUCUUGCCCUUUAAUAUCCGUCACUGCACUGCCUGAUACUCUCCUACGGCCUGCCUCUAAAUUUAGGCCCCUCGUUGGAGUUCCAGGCCCCAUCGAUAAGGACGCAGUGUCUUAUCGCCCCGGACUCUCACGGAGGGGGGCAUAUUCUUACACCAAUCUGUGUUUGAUUGAAGAAACCGAACCAGUGUAGUGCAUCUUGAAGAAGUCGCUGGUGAACCAAGAGAAAAAAGAACCUUGCCCGACAUGGCGAAUACCGCUCAGUGCUACUAUUGCUUUGAGUCUCUCCUUGCUUCAUUCGAGGAUCGCGAGCCCGCCACUCUGACAGCCGUAGAGGCCCUAUGGGAACAACACGAGCAAACUAAGAAGUUGUCGAGUCUUGAAGACCAAAUUGAAGAGGAAGAUACACACCGACAGCAGUCCGUAAAUGAACAGGACGAAGAUGACGACAGCAACCAAUCGUCCCUGUCGAGUAGUCAGCCCAAGAAGCUGCAACUCCGCAGCAUCAGUCGCCUUCAGAGCCAAUUCUCCGCCUCUUCCAGCGCAGCCACAUCUUCAUCGUCUGCAUCCAAUACUUCUUCCAACUCGCUACAGUCGAGCUCAACCAAUAUCACCACGCCAGGUGCGGUUUCCAACACCCCCCAGCUGAGAUCGCCUGAUCAGCGAUAUCCCCUGUUCGUUACAUGGAACACCCUGUCACGAACCGGACACAAGUCUCUACGCGGGUGCAUAGGCACAUUCGAGGGGCAGGAACUUGCAGCGGGGUUGAAGUCCUACGCUUUGACCUCUGCCUUCGAUGACACACGUUUUGAACCCAUUCCCAAAUCUCUUCUCCCCUCCCUAUCAUGCUCUCUCACCCUCCUUGGGUCCUUUGAGCCGUGUACAAAUGCCAUGGAUUGGUCUCUGGACACUCACGGGCUGCGGAUCUCCUUCAUCCAUCGCAGCCGGCGCUAUGGCGCCACUUAUCUCCCUGACGUCGCUGUCGAGCAGGGCUGGACCAAAGAAGAGACCGUGGAGAGCUUGAUGCGCAAGGCAGGCUGGGAUGGUGGUGGUGGCAGUACUGCAAGGAGACUGCUACGCGGUGCAGCUGGUGGGAACUCCAGCGCUACUAAGCCUUGGGACCAGGUCUCGGAUUUCCGUACCGUCAGGUACCAGGGCCUCAAGGCAAGCGCUAGUUAUGCGGAGUGGCAGGAAUGGCGGGAGUGGGUACUCUCUCUAGAUGACGGGGAGAAGAUCCUGGAAGGCGCGGAUUGAUUGGCUUUUAUUUUUAGAUCGCUUUGCUUUUCGUCCCACAUCUCAACGCUUCGAGUGGGACUGAUGAUUAUGAUGACCAUGAUGAUACUGCUUUUUUUUGCGAGUUUUCGGUUCACAACUUUUCGACAUGGGCAUUAAUAAGGGAUGGCAAGGGCCCCGGGGUCCGGGGGUCCACAGUCAUGAUGAGGAUUUGAUAUGGCAUCCCAGGUCUAUAAAGAUAAUGAACAAGCAUUUCAAACUGAGAC